GCCCAUGCAGCAGCACCACUUGCGUCAUCACAAUCGCCAUCAUUUGAGUUGGGAACAGGCGGUGAAUAAUCCCUCACUGCUGCCACAUCAGCCACAUCGCUUGGCCAUCGGAACCAAGACUAUCAUGACCACUGAGGCACCCUCAACCACACAUCAUGGUCUGAUCACAAAUCACACUCGUUACUUCGACAGGGGUGAGACCUACCUCUCUUGGGCUGAACCUCGUUCUACCAGGGCUCCCAACUGGCGACAGGAACUGGAUACCAGUGAUUCUGAUGCGGAUAGUGAUGAGGACGACUACGAGUACGACAGGGAUUCCGAUUCGGAUAUUGAUGAUAACAAUGAAGAUGGCAAGCAAAUGGCCAGUUACUCCCUUUUUAAUAAUUGGAAAGAACCGGAGUACGAUGCCUUCGAUCAGUCGGAUGAACUGGAAAUCGUUAGUCACCAUCAUAACAAGCAUCCCAGUGUGGCCAAUCCGCACGUGAAGACCGCUGGCAAACGCUAUAUAUGGGAUUGGUUUACCAAAAAAGAUACGGAAAAGGUAGUUAAAAAGCCGCAUGCCACAAGUACCACAUCGACCACAACCUCAACGACCACAACUAAGAGACCCAUAAUGCGUACCGAGAGGCCAGGGCUGCAGCUAAUCGAUGCCAAUCUAAAAAACAACAACGGUGGCGAAGAGGAGUACUCGAACGAGGAUUCGGAUUCGGACUCGGAAUAUCAGUCGGAUGAGGGUGUCUCUGUGGAAGAGUGGAAUAAGAAGGAUCACAGCCAGAAAUUCCAGAAGCAAAAGAACCAAAAUGAGCUCUUGGAGAUGCGUAGGAACAGCAGGAACACCCCUCUCAUUCGGAGCUCUACGAACGAGGAUGUGAAAAACACUUUGCACGGCAACUAUAUCAAUGGACGUAGCCAGAAGAGGGAGGACUUUCUAAGGCACAAGAAAUAUAGAGCUCUCGCCCACGCCCACAUGAACCAGGUGCUGAAGGAGGCCACCUGCCGGAUUCCCCAGAAACGUUGUCUGCUUGUCCAGCACGAUCCAUCGAAGAUCUACACGCCCCACUGCACCAUCCUGCACCGCUGCAGCGAGGACAGUGGCUGCUGUCCGAGUAGAAGCCAGAUAUGCGCCGCCAAGAGCACCCACAACGUUGAGCUGUAUUUCUUUGUGAAGAGCAGCAGGCAUCGAAGCGACAUCGAGAAGCGAACCUUUGUAAACCACACGGAAUGCCAUUGCAUUGAAAGAUCGACCUAUAACGAAGACCUGGCCAUGGCCAACAAUGUCCAGUCAUUGGUACUGGCUGCCGCAGAGAGAUGCACGUGUCCAAAGACCUUUGAGAUAUUCGUAAAGGACGACCAGUGUCGGUGCGACUGCAGUUCCGGGAACAUCAGCUGCGAAUGGCUAAAGAAUGGCAAGGAGCACUUCGACAUGGCGGAUCGCAAAUGCAUAAAAUAUGGUUUCUGCAAGACGCCCACCUGCACUUAUGGUGACUACAAGAAGGAGGAAGGUGGCUGUCCCACGGACUCGGAUAAGCAGUACGAAGCAAACGGAACGAAAGCUGAUAAGAGGGAAAACUAGGAAGGUUAACCUCUCCUGACAGGAGCACAGGCAAAACGAGAGACGUGAAUUUAGUUGCAUAUCCUAUACAAAACCAUACGAAAGUAAAACGAAAUGAAAUCUAUUUAUACACUAGGUUGGGUCGAUUAGAAGGAAGUUUUAGGUGUUCCUUAACAAAUGAGAAGUCCAACAUGGGCAAGUCUGCUCUAAUGUUGAUAGAUCUGGCUGAUAAUC